GGAUCCUGCUGCCGCAAACCCGUCACAGGUCAAGCACUGUUGACUCACGCCUCACUGGCACCCGCCUGGCUGGCAGGCAUCAGCAACCCCGUGACGUCCGCAGGCGCUAGCAACCUACCAGCAGGCUGUAUCGGCGACAGCAGCCGCCGCCCAUGCACGGGCUGAAGGCUUAUGGCCCGCCUUGGUGCACUCGAGGGCUUUGUAGCCCCAACUCUCUCUCUCUCUGUCAUCGUCUCCAUGUACGUCUGCAGCCACUUCCAUGAUGCAACCUUGGAUCCUGUUAGCGCAAUCCCUCUAAUGAGUCGCACCUGCCCAAGCGCGUGCCACCCGCGAUCCGCCAGCGAGAGACCAGCUCGCACGACGCCAGCGCACUCGCUGUGCGCGCCUGCGAGCAACCUCCUGCGCCCGCAUUCUCGCUAAGAACGCGCGAACGUCCCGUAAGGACGCGCCUGCCGUGGGCCUCGCAGUCCUCUGGGCUGCGGGGCGAAUACCCGUUCGAUUGUCUGCGGCGGAUCGUGCCACACCGUUAGGCUAGUGUCAUCCGAUCGGUCUCCUAUUUUGUCUAGACCAAUCCCAGCGCGACGAUAUACGGAUAUUUGUAUGCAGGCAGAGCAUGGGGAGGACGCCAUUCGCUCCUUCCCCGCACUCUGCCAGGUAAGCCCACAUUCAGAUUCCUUAUUCCUUAUGUCGGGGUGAUUCACUCAUCCCCGCGUUCGGCCAGAUUCGAGUACCCACCCUCCGGCUGCCGGCAUCGUACCAUUACAAGCUACGGUUUAUUUCAUAUGUCCGUACCUAAUCACUCUCGCCAU